UUUUGAAAUUUCUCAUCCCCAUUAGCUGAAUGGAAGAUUCCUUUUCUGACGUCAGUUCCGCUUGCACAACUUUGUUUUUGGGAUCGGAAAGGAAGUAAGACGUUGAUCUCGCCCUUUGGCAAGGUGCUUCAUUGUCCUGAGUGUUUGUCUGUGUUCUUCAUCGCUGGAAAUCAGUACAGAAUUUCAAGAUGCCGCACGGUCAUCACGGCGGAGGGCAUCACGGUGGGCAUCAUGGCGGCGGCUUCCAUCACCAUGGAAACCAUCACCAUGGAAACCACCAUCAUCAUCAUGGCGGUCCUCCUCCUCAUCAUCAUGGCGGUCCUCAUCACCACCACGGUACCUUUGGACCACCCCAUCACUUCGGACCUCACCACCCUCCUCACCACGCCGGUCCUCACACACCACUCUUCCCUCACCACGAUCCUCACCAUCACCAUCAUCACCAUGGUCACCGUCGCCACGACAAUGAGUGCUGCGUCAUUCUGUGAAGAAUGCGACUGGCAAUCUAAGAAUUUAAGGACGUUUUUAUGGAUUUGAAUUUUACGCCUGCUUCUGCCAUCAAGUUAAGGCUUAUAGCAUACGUAGAGGGGUUAAAAAGCAUACAUCAAUAUGCGGAGUGAGUUUUGUCUUGAGCGUCUUUCAACAUGUGUCUUUCAGUUGCAGCACGGUUUAUUGUUCAAAUUUUGUGCGUUCCCAAACGACUUGCCCGCAUAUACGUAUCUAGCACGGUACAAAGUGAGUCAUAUGUUGCAUUUGUUCGCGAAUGAUCAACUUUCGAAUUUCAUGUUUAUACCACCACAAACAACCUUUGCCUGCAAAUAGAAGACCCAUAUAGAGGGAUGAAGUGCAGAUACAAAAUAUUUACAACAGAAUGGAGGCUAUAUGUUUGCGAGUUCCCCAAGCAUGUAUAUGUUAGUGUUAUGUUGUUUAAAUGCUUUAAAGCCAGCUAAGGAAGCUAAUCAUCUGUAUAAUGCCAAGACAGAUGCACUCACAACUGGUCAGAAAGGCCAAACAUAUAUCACCAAUAUGAUAUCUGACUAUAGCCCACUCGGUCCGAUAAUUUGAACAAUGUUGCGCUUUAUUGACGGUCUCACAGCGACCACUAGCAGAUAUGAUCAUAACUGCAGUAAAGAUAUGACCCGCUAUGAUUGGCCAAGUGUAAUUUUCAACAAAGAAGAAAAUACCAAAGAAUCUUUAUUGCCGAAGUAAAACCAAUGACGAGUAAAUCUUGUUUGACUUAAUUGUUAUUUGUAAUAUAUAGAGCUGUAACGCUAACGUUU